ACAGCAGCACAGCGAGAGAGACCGGGGUACGUGAACAUCUCCUCCAUCCCCGCAGAGCAGAGCGGAUGAAACACCGGUCACCUUCAGAGCAGCAUCACGGGAAAAGGCCCCGUGUUCCCGCCGCGGCUGCCUCCAACUCACCUCAAGACGGAAUGGAGGAAAAAACCCCGACAAACCCGCGGGAACUCACCCAAAAUCCGCUCAAGAAGAUCUGGAUGCCGUGUAAAAAUGGCCUUCCCGAAAAACACAUUUCUCAAAGAAAGGUAUGCAUGACAAACUGUCCUACCCUGAUUGUGACAGUGGGCCUUCCUGCCAGAGGGAAGACCUACAUCUCCAAGAAGCUGACCCGCUAUCUUAACUGGAUUGGAGUUCCCACCAGAGAGUUCAAUGUUGGGCAGUACAGGCGAGAGUUUGUGAAGAUCUACAAGUCUUUUGAGUUUUUCCGUCCAGACAAUGAGGAGGGUUUAAAGAUCAGGAGACAGUGUGCUUCAGCGGCGUUAAACGAUGUGCGACAGUACCUCACAGAAGAAGGAGGCCAGGUUGCAGUUUUUGAUGCAACAAACACAACAAGAGAAAGGAGGGAAACCAUCAUCCAGUUUGCAGAGCAGAAUGGCUUUAAGGUGUUCUUUGUUGAGUCUGUGUGUGAAGACCCAGAUGUAAUACAGGAGAACAUUGUGCAAGUGAAGCUGGGGAGCCCUGACUACACCAACUGUAACACAGAAGAGGCAGUGGAGGACUUUAUGAAGAGGAUUAAAUGUUAUGAAAACUCCUAUGAGACACUGGAUGAAGUCUUGGACAGGGAUCUCUCUUACAUUAAAAUAAUUGACGUGGGUCAGCGGUACUUGGUAAACAGAGUGUUGGACCACAUCCAGAGCCGGAUUGUUUACUACCUCAUGAAUAUUCACAUCACACCACGCUCUAUCUACCUGUGUCGCCACGGUGAGAGUGAACUAAACGUCAAGGGUCGAAUCGGAGGAGACUCAGGCCUCACACCGAGAGGCAAAGAGUUUGCUAAGAAGCUGAGCCACUUCAUCCAGUCACAGGGCAUCAGUGACCUGAAAGUGUGGACCAGUCAGAUGAAGAGAACCAUCCAGACAGCCGAGGCUCUGAGUGUGCCCUAUGAGCAGUGGAAGGUCCUGAACGAGAUUGAUGCAGGCGUGUGUGAGGAGAUGAUGUACGAAGAAAUCCAGGACCACUAUCCUCUGGAGUUUGCUCUAAGGGACCAAGACAAAUACCGCUAUCGUUACCCGAAAGGAGAGUCCUAUGAGGAUCUGGUGCAGAGGUUGGAGCCUGUCAUUAUGGAGCUGGAGCGACAGGAGAACGUGCUGGUCAUCUGUCAUCAGGCUGUCAUGCGCUGCUUGUUGGCUUAUUUCUUGGACAAGACGGCAGAAGAGCUGCCAUACCUGAAGUGCCCGCUGCACACUGUGCUGAAGCUAACGCCAGUGGCCUAUGGCUGUAAGGUGGAGUCUAUCUGCUUAAAUGUGGAGGCUGUCAACACACACCGAGAAAGACCAGAGAAUGUGAACAUUCAUCGCACGACUGAAGACGCCCUGCAGACCGUCCCUCCUCACCUCUGACAGGCUGCUGCAGGCUGAUCUUUCCUCUCACUCUUUUGGGCGGACUCAUGCCCACUCACUUCCAGGUUCCUGCACAGCCUGCUCCAGUGGUGACUGUCUGGGUGAUGUGCCUCCUCCCUCUGCCACACUUGUCCUCACGUCCAUCUUUUCAAGGAAUUUGAAGGAGCUUAACCUGAACACUUGUUGGGUUUUAGAGCCUCAGUGUUUGUGAAGCUACUCUGUGAUGCACUUGGCACAGCAGGUCCACUUUAUUUAUCAAACAGUUGUCUUGCACUAAGGGGAAUCCUGUGUUUUUGUUUCUGUAUUCACUGUGGUGUGUUAAUUUGUGCAACCUGGCACUAAAUAUUACUGUAAGAUUUUGAAGUAUUAACCAUGUGGUGCCAUCAAAUGAUUUUAUGACUGUCUGCUACGUGUGCCGUGGUAUUAUAUUGUGCAAUCAUUGUUUAAUGUGAAAGUGUCUUCAGUGAAUCCGUGCAAUACGAAGGUUUUAUCAAGAAGAAAAUGCUCUAAUUAUUUCUACUUAAAUGAUGAAGGACUUCAAUGAAUUCAUUGAAGAUUUUUAAUAAAAAGGGAGAAAUGCCAAUUUUAUACUAACGGAUUUUUAAAAACUUGUUAAAUUGAUUUUAUCAACAAACCUUGAAUAUAAAUGAAACAAUACUUUUUGUGAAGAACAUAACUGAGCAUGAUUGGAAAUUAUAAAGUGCAAUAUGAGCUCAAAGAUAAAAUGUACAUCCUGACUCAACUAUAAUAAAAAUUGAUAUUUUUAUAAAA